UAAUCUGUCGGAUGAUAAUGGAGCGUUAGAGUCUGAUUAGAUAUAGAGAGGCUAUAUAAUAUCACAACAAUGCUUACACCGUACACAGUGGUUCCUUAUCUUGACUUUAGGACGGGUUUCUCGGCUUGUGGAUUUUCUCUUUUGCUUUUAAUAUGGAGCCCGAAGUGACUGCGGUGACGGAACCCGUGUGGCUGGGCGAGGGCCCCCACUGGUCCCAUGAUCACCAGGCGCUGUUCUUUGUGAGCAUAUUCGACAAGACCAUUCACAAGUACGACCCGGCAACCGGUGAGCACACCAGAGCUAAACUUGAUGCUAUGCCCGGCUUCAUAAUCCCAGUGGAGGGUACCCUUGACCAAUUCGUGGUGGGCUUGAAGCGACGCGUGGUGGUGGUGCGAUGGGACGGACGAGGAGAGGCACAGGAGCUACGUCAGAUUGCAGAGAUUGAUCAACACAACCCCGACAACAGGAUCAACGAUGCCAAGGCGGACCCCAGGGGACGUCUAUUCGUUGGUACAAUGGGACACGAAUACGAGCCCGGUAAAUUCCACCUCAAGAAGGGAGCGCUGUAUCGAGUGGACCCGGACGGGUCAGUGCACCAACUGGAGAAAAACCUCGACAUAUCCAACGGGCUCUGUUGGGACGUAAAAGAGAAGGCCUUCUACUAUGCGGAUUCCUUCGAGUUCGCGAUACGCAGAUAUGACUAUGACAUCGAAACUGGGAACAUAUCAAAUCCUAAACUGAUAUUCAAAUACAAGGACCACGGCCUCGAAGGAAUCGUCGACGGCAUGACCAUCGACUCAGACGGAAACCUGUGGGUCGCUAACUUCGAUGGUUCACAGGUGAUAAAGAUCGACCCCCACAAGGGCGCACUCCUACAGAAGGUGCGCACCCCGGCGCUACAGACCACGUCCGUGGCGUGGGGGGGGCCGUCACUCGAUCAGUUGUACGUGACGUCGGCCUGCAUGAACCGCGGACAGGAGCAGCUGCCUCCCUGCGGGGCGCUGUUCCGGGUGAGCGGCCUGCGGGCCCGGGGCCUGCCCGCCAGUGGCGUCAGGGUGCAAUGAAUAAAUAUUAUAUAAUACUAACAA